GCCGUCCCGAAGCCUCCAGGCGGUCUAACGCAGCGGAACUCGAGGAAUCGAUGGCGGCGGUCUGAGUGGAGCUGGCCGGGCUCCUGCUGGCUGCUGCUGUCCUCCGGCUCUGGCGCCGCGCGACGGGAGGCGGGUCUCCAGGUCCAGGUGAUGGGGACAGCCCACGUCCUGUUUUGUUUAUUUCAAACCUUUGGGGAGCGCGUCACGGCUGCAUGACCCGGGCGGACGUCCACCAUCGGCAGUCUGUCGCCGCCGCUCAGAGUCAUAGCCAUGGACGAGUGAAGAUGGGGGACUGGAACUUCCUGGGGGGGAUCCUGGAGGAGGUCCACAUCCACUCCACCACGGUGGGCAAGAUCUGGCUGACCAUCCUGUUCAUCUUCCGCAUGCUGGUCCUGGGCGUGGCGGCCGAGGACGUGUGGAACGACGAGCAGAGCGCCUUCGUCUGCAACACGGAGCAGCCGGGCUGCAGGAGCGUCUGCUACGACCGCGCCUUCCCCAUCUCCCUGAUCCGCUACUGGGUGCUGCAGGUUAUCUUCGUGUCGGCCCCCUCGCUGGUCUACAUGGGCCACGCCCUGUACCGCCUGCGGGCGCUGGAGAAGGUCCGCCAGCGCCGCAAGGCCCUCCUCCGCCGCCAGCUGGAGCUGCUGGACGCCGCGGCGGCGGCGGCGGCGGCGCGGCGGCGCGCGGAGCGGCAGGUGAAGCAGGUGGAGCAGGGCCGGCUCAACAAGGCGCCGCUGCGGGGGGCGCUGCUGCGCACCUACGUGGCGCACGUGUUCACGCGCUCGGCCGUGGAGGUGGGCUUCAUGGCGGGCCAGUACCUGCUGUACGGCGCGCGGCUGCGGCCGCUGUACCGCUGCGAGCGCGCCCCCUGCCCCAACGCCGUGGACUGCUACGUGUCGCGGCCCACCGAGAAGAGCGUGUUCAUGGCGUUCAUGCAGGCCAUCGCGGGGGUCUCCCUGCUGCUCAACCUGCUGGAGAUCCUGCACCUCGGCUACAAGAAGCUCCGCAAGGUCUUCAGCUACGGCCCCCGCCCCCCCGGGGGGGCCGACCGGCUCCUGGACGGCCCCCACCCCGACGCCCGCUACAGGGGGUCUUCCCUGGGGUGGGGGGGGGCCCGCUCCGCCCGGAAGACCACCGUGGCCUCGGCGCCCAGCGACUACGACCUCCCGCUGGAGCGGGCGCGGUGCGGCUCCACCUGCCUCCUCCACCCCCCGCUGCCCCCCGGGGGGGCGGUCCUGGGCGACCCGGAGUGUCCGGGGUGCGGCCCCGCGGAGCGGGAGCUCUCUCCGAGCCCCCCCGGGAGCCGCCGCCUCCCCCAGGAGGGGGGGGGGGAGGAGGAGGACCGGGACACCAGUGACGCGGACCUCCCCGCACUGUGCUCCCCGAAGCGCUGCCGGGGGGCGGGGCCGGCCCCCCCGGGGUGCGCCCCCCGGAGGCAGUGGAACCGCUGCUCCACCGUGAUGGAGAGCCGGAGCUCCGACACCGACUCCUACGGCGACGCCACGGCCUCGGCCGGGGGCGGGGGCGGCCCCCCCGCCGUGUGGACCCGGGCCAAGGCCGACCGCAAGAGGCCCAGCCCCCGCCCCUCCUCCCCAGAGUCCCAGGAGGACUCCAGCGAGGGGACCCGGCACAGCCCCAGACCGCCGUCCUCCAACUGCAAGACCUCCAUGGGGAGCUGCAGUAGCAGCAGGAGGCCGGACCUCCAGAUCUGAGGCUCCAGACCCCCAGACCUGAGGCCUUCAUACCUCCAGACCCCCAGACCUCCAGACCUGAGGCUCCAGACCCCCAGAUCUGAGGCUCCAGACCCCCAGACCUGAGGCCUUCAGACCUCCAGACCUGAGGCCUCCAGACCCCCAGACCUGAGGCCUUCAGACCUCCAGACCUGAGGUCUCAGACCCCCAGACCUCCAGACCUGAGGCUCCAGACCCCCAGAUCUGAGGCUCCAGACCCCCAGACCUGAGGCCUUCAGACCUCCAGACCUGAGGCUCCAGACCCCCAGACCUGAGGCCUUCAGACCUCCAGACCUGAGGCCUCCAGACCCCCAGACCUGAGGUCUCAGACCCCCAGACCUGAGGCCUCUAGACCCCCAGACCUGAGGUCUCAGACCCCCAGACCACCAGACCUGAGGCUCCAGACCCCCAGACCUGAGGCCUCCAGACCCCCAGACCUGAGGUCUCAGACCCCCAGACCUGAGGCUCCAGACCUGAGGCCUCAGACUACCAGACCUGAGGCCUUCAGACCCCCAGACCUGAGGUCUCAGACCCCCAGACCUGAGGUCUCAGACCCCCAGACCUGAGGCCUCCAGACCCCCAGACCUGAGGCCUUCAGACCUCCAGACCUGAGGCUCCAGACCCCCAGACCUGAGGUCUUAGACCCCCAGACCUGAGGCCUCUAGACCCCCAGACCUGAGGUCUCAGACCCCCAGACCUGAGGCUCCAGACCCCCAGACCUGAGGUCUCAGACCCCCAGACCUGAUGCCUCAGACUACCAGACCUGAGGCCUUCAGACCCCCAGACCUGAGGUCUCAGACCACCAGACCUGAGGCUCCAGACCCCCAGACCUGAGGCUCCAGGUAGCAGAGAACAUUUGUAUUCAUUAGAAUAAAGUACCGGCUUGGCCACCCUGUGCCGAGUCUGGCUCCAGCCCCGCGUUUUGACAAUAGUUGUAGAACUCCGAGCCAAUCAGAUUGAAGGGCUGGGUUUGAGGGUUGGCAUGGCAACACAUGGACUACAUGUACAGCAUGGAUAAGCUAUGUUUUGGUUAAUGUGUAUUUUGUAUAUUUUUACAGCUGGUGUUUGUAAUAAAGUUAUACGUUACUUUUCCAAUCGAUAUAUUCCUCAACGGCAUAAUCCAGAAUCAUACCCUAGGCAAGAUAAGGCUGGACAAGAAGAAAUGUCUUUAUUCUCUUAUUUCACUAGAACAGUACUCGACGUGGACAUGCCGGGUGGUUCAAGUCUGGGACAUCUGAUAUAGAAUAACACUAUGGGAGAAGUGGACGCCCGGCCCAGUAUGGUCCAACCCUUGGCCUGGUCACCAACACCCCACCACCUUGGGUAGAUGUUUGACCCAUGGCUUCCGAGUCUGCAGACUGUUUAGGACUAACCUGACUCCGCCAGAUGCAUUGAUUGAC